AUGUUCCAAGCCCAGUCAAAGCACAAGCCCUCGAGGGCCACUCCCGGGGUGCCCCGCGGGGGCCGUGGUGCCGGUGCUGGGGACACCGAGCCCCCGCAGGCCCUCGGGAAGGCCCCUCCGCAAGCCGCCGAGAGGGAGCUCCGUCCGGGGCUGGCCCCUGAACCGAAAGGUGUAGGAAGGCCGAGCCGCUCAGCCUCGGCCGCUGGCGCCAGGCCUGAGACUCCGCCGGACGCCGAGCCUCCCGGGCCUCCCGCUGCGGACGACGGCCGUGGGCCGCUGGGCCGCUACAGCCGCGUUCCACCGCCGGGCAGGAGCCCGGCCCGGCCCGCUGCGAGCCUGCCCCCAGCCCAUUUAUCGCCUCCGCUGGCAGCCCAGCGGCAGCAGGCCCGGGGUGCGGGGUCCCGCAAGCGGCUUCCCAGCUGCCCGCAGCGCCAGCUCCCUCCUGCCUCCUGCCUGCACCCCUGUGUGCCCCGCCAGCUGCUUGGAGGCCAGGUUCUAGAACGUGGGGUGGGGUCUGGGCGGGGUUUGAGGAGGAGCUGCCGGACACUCUGGAUGGCCUUUGAGCGCUCAGUAACAGAAGCCAGAGGAGGGGGUAGGGCGCUUGAAUUGCAAGGGUGCAAGAUCAAGGCUCUGCGGGCUAAGACGAAUACCUACAUCAAGACGCCAGUACGAGGGGAGGAGCCGGUCUUCAUCGUGACCGGCCGGAAGGAGGACGUGGAGAUGGCCAAACGCGAGAUCCUGUCCGCCGCCGAGCACUUCUCCGUGAUCCGCGCCACGCGCAGCAAGGCCGGCGGGCUGCCGGGCGCCGCGCAGGGCCCGCCCCACCUGCCGGGACAGACCACCAUCCAGGUGCGCGUGCCCUACCGCGUGGUGGGGCUGGUGGUGGGGCCCAAGGGCGCCACCAUCAAGCGCAUCCAGCAGCGGACGCACACCUACAUCGUGACGCCCGGGCGCGACAAGGAGCCUGUGUUCGCGGUGACGGGCAUGCCCGAGAACGUGGACCGAGCGCGCGAAGAGAUCGAGGCGCACAUCACGCUGCGAACCGGCGCCUUCACCGACGCGGGCCCCGACAGUGACUUCCAUGCCAACGGCACCGACGUGUGUCUGGACCUGCUCGGGACGGCCGCCGGCCUCUGGGCCAAGGCCCCCAACCCCGGGCGGAGGCCUCCGGCGCCCACAGCUGGUCUCCGCGGGGACACGGCCCUGGGGGCCCCCGAGGUCUUCUAUGCGGGGGCCCGCGGGGGGCCGUGCCCCCCGCCGGACUCAGGCCCCUCCGAGGGCGCCCGCAAGCCCCCCGCGGCCCCGCGCCCGGCCGCCCCUGCCCUGGCGCGCGAGUGCGUGGUGUGCGCCGAGGGCGAGGUCAUGGCCGCGCUCGUGCCCUGCGGCCACAACCUCUUCUGCAUGGACUGCGCCGUCCGCAUCUGCGGCAAGAGCGAGCCCGAGUGCCCGGCCUGCCGCACGCCCGCCACCCAGGCCAUUCGCGUGGAGACGGCCGCCCCGCGGCACCUCGGUUCUUAACCAGUAAUCAGUAUUGAGUCGACAGUUAAAAUAAACCAGAGAGAAACGGUCUGCUAGCACUUUUUAUUUAAGACUCCCUGCCCCCCAGGUGAUCUUUUUACGAAAAAAAAAAGAAAUAUAUAUAUCCGAUUUUUACAACUCUCGGUUUUCCUCUGGGACUUGGCGGAUUUCCGACAGGACAGUGCUGGCCUGGGGGGCCGCCUCGGCCUCCGCUCAGUCCCCGGGCGGCGUAGGCGGCGGCGGCGUCUUCCCUCCCUGUGGGGCUCACCAGUUACCCUUUUGUAUGUCCACGGGGACAGGCUGGAGGGGUGGGGGGCGGGGCGGGGCCCAACCAGGAAUUUCUAACUUUGUGUUUUUAAUUAUUAAUCCCCUUCUGCUGUGGUUUCUGUUGUCAGUUUUUAAAUUUUUUUAAAUUGUGUUUUUUUUAAGCUUUUACUUUUUACCUCUUGUGUAUAUGUAGGGAAUUUAUAGGGAAAUAUGUACUUUAUGGAAUAAAUUUUAAGAACUAAAAUAUAUUUUAUUUUAAAUAAAGUAACGGACCUUUAAUCUUACACAGCUAAAUUACUGAUUAUAUAUUUGCUGAGCUGACUUAAGGGUUCAGAAAAUUGUAUCAAGAGUUUUAUUUUUUGACUUUAAAGCCUUCUUAAUAAAGUCUUUUUGCUACAUGUGA